AUGCCGCCCCCAGGCCGCCUCGCCCUCCACCUCCCAUGCCAACGCUUGGUCCCCACCCGAACCCGCCCUCCCUCCCGACCUCACCGCCCCCCUCCGCGCAACCCCCCAACCCCCCGUCCCCCCCGCCGCCCCCCCGCCCACCCGCUCCCCCCCAUGCCCGCCGCUCAUCCCUCCCCGCCCACCCUCGGCGCCCCCGCCCCGCCGAGCGCCCCCCCGCCCCCCAACCCCGCCCUGGCCGCGGCCCCCUCCCCGGCCCUGGCCCCCCGACCCCCCCGCCCCCCCACGGCCGCCGCACGCCUACCCCGCCCCGCCCGCCGCCCCUCGUCCCACCCCACCCCCACUAUGAAUUGGGAAUGGAUCCUUGCAUAG